UAUCCUCUAAGAAAAGUUUCAGACUGCUUCUGCUGGGCUCACAACAGAGUAGAACAGUGUUCAUUUGUUCAGCGCUAAUAGUCUUCUGAGGGAGCAUGUCAUUUGUAAGCACUCUCCGUCAGUGGGACGAGGCUGUGGCUUGUGUGGAGCAAAGAGACCCAGCCUCUGCUCUCAGGAUAUUCCUCAACAUCGAGGAGAAAAGCUCCAAGAUCUUCUUCAACAUUGGCUGUCUUUAUCUGAACAACAGUGAGUUAGAUGAAGCUGAAAAGGCAUUUGACAGAAGUAUUGGCAAAGACGAGCAUCUGGCUGCGGCGUUUUUUCAGAGAGGAAUAACAUUCUACAAAAAGGAAAGGUUUGAAGAGUCUCUUCUGGAUUUCCAGCAGGCGUUCAAGCAGUUACGAGGAAAUCAACUAAUAGAUUACAAACCUCUAGGAUUGAGAUAUAAACUGUACGCUUGUGAGGUGCUGCACAACAUAGGACUAGUACAGGCUCAGUUGGGAAAAUGGGAGAAAGCUCAAGAGAACCUUCUUACUGCACUGAGCUUGAGGGCAGACGCCAAGUUCAGCCAUAUUGACCAAGCUCUGGAUGCCAUAUUGAAGCAGAAGCUCUUUCCUUUGGUAGAGAUUCGAGCUGGGCUGCUGUUCAAACCCAAUAAGCACUAUGUGGCAGAGCUGGAGAAAAGGGACUAUCUUGGAAAAGCCAAGGUUGUGUCUUCUGUUGUACCUGCAGAUGAGUUUUCUGGGUUUGCUCCACUUCAGCCUCAAGUUGAUAAUGUUCCAUCUACACCAAAAGUCCCAGAAGUACUAAGGGUAUUUGAAGGUGAGCCACACACUGUUCUCUAUGAGUUUUACCCUGAGACCAAAGAGGAGCUGGCUGUGUUGCCUGGCAACAUUGUCUUCGUUCUUCAGAAAGGAGCUGACAACUGGGCAUCUGUUGUUUUCAAUGAGAAGCGGGGCCUUGUACCUUAUAACUUCCUUGUACCCUUGGAUGUUGUUACAAUGACAUCAAAACCAGUGCAGAUUGAACCAUUAAAUGAAAAUGAUGAUAUACCAGCUCCACCAAGAAGAGCACCGCCCAGCAGACCAGUGGGUACAGAAGGCCUGAAGACUGUGAAUGCAGAGACUAAUAACAUUAGGGACUUCUCAGGCUGCAUUGUGAAAGUGCACUUUCGGUUCACCAUAGCAGUCAGAAUUGCACAUGGACAAUCAUAUGGCGUCAUUCUUCAGACGAUAAGCGCUAAACUUAAGCUGCCUGCAUCAACAUUAACGUUAUGUUAUGCCAAGGAAGGUGCUGACGAGAGAGUGCAUCUGCAGGACUCUGAAAUGGAGGCUGUGUGGAAUAGUGUGAAGGAUAACCGUCUUGUGCUGUGGUGUUCAGUGACUGAGGGUAAACGUGUGCCUCAUGAGAAAGUGGUGGCACUGUACUCUUACACCACUUCUACCCCCGAAGACCUGGAAUUCCAACAGGGAAACAUCAUCACUGUUCUUUCCAAAGUCAAUGAUGAGUGGCUUGAGGGUCAAUGCAACGGGAAGACUGGCAUAUUCCCAUCAUCCUUUGUUAAAGCACUUAACGGGGAUCAGCAAUGUGACUGAAUCCUUCAUCCAACAGUUACAACUAAUGUGUUGAUUUGAUCAUUUGAUAUUAAAAUUGUCAAAUUCAUGCCAGAACUUGCUGCUUCACGAUCUCACUAUGGUUGUGCAGUGGUCAUUAAACAUUUCACAUAGUGAAGUCAUAUUUUUUAAGUCAGGAGAAUUAGUUUUAUUCUGUUUGACAUUAAACAUUAUAAAUCACUUUUGAAAUAAUGUACAUUGUUUCCAAUAUUCUCUUUCUAUAAUUUGCUACCAUUGGUAGCACAACAGAACUUAACAUUCUUAUAUUUAACAAAUAUGAAUUUACCUUCCUACAUGUUCCCAAAAGAUAUUCUGUAUUAUCGCAGACAAUUACAUCCUUUUCAAUAUAUUGAUGCAAUUCAUAUGCUGCAAGUGUGGAAGUAUUCCUUUGAUGAUUUCCAACAAUAAAGGACUUUUAUGAUUUUUGAA